CUUCUCUCUCUCCAACCAUUCGCUCACAUCCCCAAACAAGAGCUGCAUUUCUGACAUUUCUAAACUUAACCUAGUCCUGUCUGCAUCUGAAGAUACCCUGGCCUUACCCUAUCCAGCUGUCCUCGAGCACCUCUCAGCCAAUCACGACGCCGCUUUUGACCUAACGGACCAAUCGGAGCGUCCGAAGAUAGCCCGUGAGGAUUAAGCAGAGUUGAAUUAAGAGACAUCUGAAGACUGUAGGUUAGGUCAUCCUUAAGUCCUCCUUACGACCUAAAUCCAACUCUUGAGUUCAGACCAGAGUCCAGACCAGAGAUCAAACCGUAGUACCGUUGCCAUGGAGAGGGUGCAGCACAUGACCAAGUCUGCGAUCCGGAGAGCGUCUCAGAUCGAGGUGAACCCACAGGCCAAGAGGAACCUGCAGGAGCUGUUUGUGAACUUCACUCUGAUCCUCAUUUGUCUCCUGCUCAUCUACAUCAUCGUCCUCCUCAGCAGCUGAAGAACACAGGCUAAUGCUACGAGCUAAUGCUACAGGCUAAUGCUAUUACUGCAUUUUAUCUGAAGGAGAGAGAGAAAUAUUACUGUCUUGAUUGGGGCUUGGAAAAUUCAUUCAUUACGUUAAAGUGCGUAUGACACCUUAAACUACCGUUUCAC